GUUGUGUUUACAUCCCUUGUGUUUCGUCAGGGCUUUUUGUAGUGACUUCUGAGAGACUUUUCGUCGAUCUAAUCCACAUUUAAAGUAUUUGGCCUUUAUAUUUAGAGUAUUCAAGUGGUUAUACUUAUAAAUAGAUAUGACAUAUAGAGUAAUGAUUUUAUGGAAUACACUACAGUGGAGGUAAAAGUCGAUAACGAAGCAGAUGAUGACUUUCCCAGGUCACAACCCUCACCUGUUCAGGUGGAGGAGCCUCAACAGGAGUAAAACAUCUGCAGACAAGGUGCACGUGAAGAAUGGGGAUAUUGAUCAGUGGAGGAAGCGGGUGGAGAUGGCCUCGGAGUUUGCUGUAUCUAAAGUCUUCUCCCACAAGACACCUCAGUCAAGAAGCAGCAGCCGAGCCGUUCCACUGCAAAGCUCUGACCAGUUGAAAGAACACGAUGACGCUUACAGUGAAGCUCAGGCUCUUCUUAAUGGUUGGCUGGGCAGUAAGAUGCGGUCGGAGCUGGAGGUGGAGGAGGAAGAUGACCUGACGCGCUCCACUGGGAGGAGACGCCCCGCUGCACCGGCUUGUACUCAACCUACCGCCCCAGACUACGACAGCUUUGAUGAUCUCUACAACUGCCUGACCGAGGAAGAGGAGUACGGCUCUGUUAAAAGCUUCCUACAAGGCCUGAUGGAGCAGGAGGUUUUAGACAGUGGGAUGAUGGAGGAACUGGUGCUGGAUGUCGGACAAUCAAGAAAGAAGUUCCGGGACCCGCUCAUCACAAUGGAAGCACGACACCAGCAGGUGCGAGAGAACAGGGCCCAACGUGACGCAGAGAGGCAGAGCAAGCAGAGAGAGAGAGAGGCUCAGCGGGGAGCCAGAGAGGAGGCAAAGAGGAGGGAGCGAGAGGAGGAGGCGAGGAAGAAGCAGGAGGCGCACAGACAGGCAGAGAUGGUGCAGCAGGAGAUGGUGCGACUGCGGCGUCAGAUGGAGGAGAGGAAAGGCCCGGACCGACUGAUUCGACAGAGGGAGAGAGAGAGAAUGGAAGGUCAGAAGUCGGCCAGUAACCUCCAGUCAGCUCCAACACAUUCUGCAAAACAGCAGCAGCAGCAGCAGGACGCAGAGCAACUGUACAGAGAACAGGCGAUUCAAACCAUGCUUCACUUGAGCAACCUUAAGUGUUUGCAGAGGCAUUUUUCUGAAUGGUAUUCAGUCGUGUUGGACCGAAGGCUUCGUAUGGGUAAGGCCGGGGCCCUCUCUGACUGGAAGAGGAAGCUGAGAGCAUGGCGAGGCUGGCGGACAGUGGUGUGGGCAGAGCAGAGGCAGCGAGAAGUGGCGAGAACAGAGGAGAGGCUACGGACCGAAAACAGACAAUGCCAGCUGGCUGUGGAGAGUGACCGAAGGCGGCUGCUGAAACAUUGUGUGAACGAGUGGCGGCUGUGGUGUCGCAAGGAGAGGGAACAACGAGAGCUUUUGGCCCAGCAGCAGGAAACCCGCCGGAAAAUGGCCGCUUUAAUCAGCGCUGCAUCAACAGGCAAACUCAAGCCCCCAGGAGCCCCCCUUGAUCGACCAAUAAUGGCCCCACACGAGGCAUCGAAUCCACCAGAGACUAGGAAGAAGGGGGAUCACCACAGGUCAGGCUCUUUGGCCCGUAACGCCUCUGCACUACAUAAGGAUAAGAUGCCUGCGAGAACCGCGGCACAGCCCACUCAGCCAUGGCAGGUGACCCGAAGGCAUGCAGCUCCAACUGCUGCUGAGCUCCAGGAUGCACGGCAGCAAGGGGUCGGUGGCGGCUUCGCCUCCUCAAAAAGCACCACCUCACCUAGCGACAGGUUUGAGAACAGACACGCCAUCCAGCAGCAAGUCAUCGCACAACAACGGAGGCUGCUGAAGGUGCAGCAAGAGCAAAUUGCACAGCUGAAGGAGGAGCAGAGCGUGAAGGGUUUGGAGGAGGAGACGGAGAAAACUGCACAGUUCUCACAACCAUCAAAGCGAAGAGGCUCGAGACCAAAGAGCCGCGACUCUGAGCCCACAGAGCAGAGAUUGGUCCAUGUCCCAUCUGCUAAUAUGGAGGAGGCAGAGCCUGAAACCAGGGAACAGAGAGUUUCCGCAGAGACCGACAAUCAGCGGACGCCUCCGAGGAAAGCUGUCACAUGUCAGACAUGCCCUCCUCCAAUCAUCUCCGCCAUGGAGGCCCGCGCCCGCCAACGCACAGAGCGAAGGAAGGAAAUCGAGGAGCUCAAGAGAAAGAAGGAGGAGGAGAAGCUGGCUGAGAUGAAAGCAGCUGAGGAGCAGAGAAAGAGCGAGGAGGAGGAGGAAAAACGCAGAGCAGCAGAAAAGAGGAGGGAGGAGAAGAGGCUGGAAAGAGAAAGGGAAGAGGAAAGUAAGAGGCAGGUGAAAAGGCAGCAAGAGCUCCUGAAAGUCGCCCGUCAACACUACCUAGGAACCUUGUUGCUACGGAGAGGCCUGGCGCCGUGGAAACGCCUCAUUCAGCUCAAACGAGCCAACACACAGCUGGCCGAGAGUCAUCACAAUCUCCUCCUCCUGAAGAGCUGCACACUCGGCUGGCAGCAAUCAACAAGAGAGGCCCUGUCUGGGAAAGAAGCUUCUGCUGACCAACUGCACCGGCACUGUCUGCUUCAGAGGAGCUUAAGCUGCUGGAUGAGACUGAGGGACUGGCGGCGGAUUCAGCAGGAGCAAGCCGAGCGUUUCUAUCGCACACGCACUCUGAGGAGGUUUCUGCUGGCGCUGCUCAACUAUGUGACCCAGGAGAGGCUGGAUGACUGGGACCGUCGGGAGCUGGCUCAGAAGCACAACAACAGACGGGUGCUGCGGCGAUGUUUCCUGGCCUGGAGGCCGCUUCCGUGUUUGCUGCGCAGGGAAAGGCAGCGGGAGACGCGGCGGGAGAAGCUGGGACGGAAAGUGAGCGAAGUCCUGCCUGAUUUCUGCUCGCUACCACCGCUAAGCCCCUGGGAGAGAGAGUCGGAACUGCCCACUCACACAGAGGACACACAAACUGUGCCGAGGACACUCAUAGAAACACAAAGAAAGUGAAUACAAGCGCACAUUUCUCACAUCCUUUUAAUAAAAAUAAAUAGAAAUUCAUUUCAUACAAA